GAUGAACGAAAGUGCUGAAAACGCAACAGCGGCCACACCGGAGUCCAUGGGUGACGGCUCGGCUCUGUCCCUGGAGGUUACCGUACUCCUGGCGGUCCUCAUCUCCAUCGCCGCGCUGCUGACCAUUGCAGGAAACGUCCUGGUCAUCGUGUCCUUCAUCCUGGUCAAGGAGCUACGCAUCUCCAGCAACUACUUCAUCCUGAACCUGGCCAUAACGGACUUCGUGAUCGGCGUGUUCGCGAUGCCGGUGUACGCGCCGUAUCUGCUUAGCGGCGUGUGGAAGCUAGGAGAGACCUUCUGUACGAUCUGGUUGGUGAUAGACUAUGUGGAUGGCUCCGCAUCCGUUCUCAGCAUCACCCUCAUCAGCCUGGACCGGUACCUACUGGUCACCAAAGCGAUCAAGCACCGCGCGCAGAGAUCGCUGAAGAAGACAGUGAUCAUGAUGGUCAGUGUGUGGAUCAUCGCGUUCCUCCUGUACGGACCUGCCAUUCUGAUAUGGAGAACCCUGUCUGGCGUGGAACUGCCUGAGGGAAAAUGCUACGUAGGAUUCCACGACAACUUCCCCUUCUUGUUCUCCACCGCUCUUGUUGAGUUCUUCUUGCCCUUCACGUCGGUUGCCGUGAUGAACUUUGCAACGUACUGGAGUAUCAGACGGAGGGGGAAGCGGCUACGUCGUCACGGCGCCAUGCGCACCAGUAACAUCAGAGGCGAACGGAAAGGCAAAUCCAUGGUAAAAGUGACCAGAAAAACGCAGCUGCACCUCAGACCACCAGUGGCAAAAGAGAGAAGACUCUCUCGGACACACACCUUUCCACCGGCACAACAGGACAUCAAAAACGCCAAACAGAUCAAACGGAGGGAAGAGCUGGUUGAAAGAGUGUCAGACCUCACGAAGAACACCCGAGCGCGGGAAAAGAAAGCCGCGAGAGCUCUGGCUAUCAUCGUCACGACCUUUGCUAUCUGCUGGGCGCCGUACACCAUCACCAUGCUGGUACGUUCCCUAUGUAGGAGCUGUGUGAGCGACACUCUGUUCGAAUGGGCGUUCUGGAUGCUUUGGCUCAACUCCAUGCUGAACCCAUUCCUGUACGCCAUGUGCCACAUGCAGUUCCGAGAGGCCUUCAAGAAGCUGCUUGGGCCUUUCUUCUGCCGCUGUUGGAAAUGUAUGACCAGAAAAAACCCAAAACGUCCUUCUCUCACAGACAUCAACAAGUUACCCUCGCCGGUAGAGAAGCAGAAAGAUACGAAUGGAGUCAUCUAGUUGAUCGAACCUUUCUUCUGCCGCUACUAGAGAUGUAUGACCAGGGACAAGUCAAAGCGUUAUUGUCUUACAUACAUCAACAACUUACCCUCGCCACUAGGGAAACAAAAAGAAUGGAGUCAUCUAGCUGCUUGGUCGUUUCUUGUGUGUCGAAAAAAAGACUAAAGCGUUCUUCUGUCACGGUCAUCAACAACUUAAGCUCGCCAGUAGUGAAACAGAAAGAUACGAAUGGAGUCAUACAGCUGCUCGG